AGAUUGCGCAUCGUCUAUUGCUACGGUGAGUAGCGACACCAAAUUGAUUGAUUGAAGGAACGUAAAACAUAGAGCUGAUAAAGAUGAGUUGGUUCGAUACCACGGGCAUAGCUAAUUUGGCGAAAAAUGCACUCAAAGAAGCACAGAAGCAAAUCGAUAAAGCGCUGGAUAUCAAAGAUGAGGAAGAAACGACCAUUGCCAGUGUUUCUAGCGUUGGUGUUGAUACCAGUGGUGGCGAAAAGUUAGUAAAUAGCUCAAUGCACUCUGUCGUUUCUAUACACCCUACGGCCGAACGCACGAGUGUGUUGCAGCCUAGCUCCGUUGAUUUAGAUGCGGAUGGAAGCGAAGGCACAUCGCUAGAACAAUCAACUCUAGCGAAAUCUAGCAACGCCAUUAAAACCCCAUCAAAUCUGCGACACGUGAGUGUUAAAGCUGCUGAGAAAAGAAAUGAUUCCACUUCUUCGACAACAGAAGCAGACAGCUCAUCAACUGCUGUCCCAAUCAUCACUUCACCUAGUCAACCAUCUCCUUUGGCAAUUAAUGUGCAGGACGGCAUGGGAACAGAAUCGGUCGAACUAAUCGAUACGCCACGAACAUCAACAAGUUCUAACACGGAAUCGCCAGUUAUUGUUGAUCAUAGUACACGUUUCGAUGCGCACCAAGGGCAACAGUACACCGUCGUAAAAGAGCAUCCUGACAGGAACGAGGAGUACGUCAGUGUUGAGAGUGAUACGGUUUCGUACGUAUUGUCCGAGCAACCAAAUACUGUCCAGGACACGUGUGUAAACUCGCCUCCCAUUACUGUUGCACCUGGCCGUAGUUCCUAUCGGUUUUCUAUUCCCAAUGAUCCGUCGAUGAACGUCGUUGGUGUUACUAGUCCAACCAUAGAAACAUUAAGCGAAAAGUGCGAAGAGCCGCAAUCCAAAGAAAGUUUCGACAAGGAUCCGAACAAUCGAGCCGGCGAUCCAGUGCAGCAAGUAUCAAAAGAAUUGUCCGAUGCGUUGCCAUCACAACGAUUUUUAACUUCAAAGCAAGAACUGGAAAACAGCUACGAGAAUCUCGAAUUUCAAGCACAACUAACUGACCUUACCCACAGUUUUGAGGACCUAAAGUCUUGCGGCAGUGCUGCUGGUAGCCAUUUCCCGAGCACUGCUUCGAGUGAACAGUUUGAAACAACGGACAAACUGUCGGAUGCCGCUUUUGAGACACUCGGCGGUCUAGGGGCGGGGCAGAAUUUGUUUCAAAGUUUAGGCGAGGAUGAAAUUGAGACGACGACGUCGUCCGAUAUAGAAAUUAUUUCCAGCCCAAACGGGGGCGAUUCUAGCAGCACUAACAGUGGCAUCUACCGCACAAGUCCACUCAAAAUGUCCACUGCUAAGGGUGAAAAUUUUGAUAUGAUGCUAAUCAAAAGGCGUCGCGGACACACGCGAGAACCGUCGGAAAUUUCGAUCAACAGCGGCAACAGUGACGAUUCUAGUCAUCUGCCCGAAACCGAACAGCUGAUGCGACGGCUGGAAGAGGUAUCAGAGACGCUGGAGCAACGGGAAUACCGGCUGGUAGAACUUGGGCGACAGAAUGCGGAACUAAACGAACAAAACGCACAGCUGACUGCGCAGCUUGAGAGCAAAGCUAAACGGGAGGGUGGAUCUGAUCUGGACGGGUACAUGCAACGCUUAUCUGCCCUGGAGCGUAAGUUUCAGCAGUCUAUCCGGGAAAAGGAAAAUCUGAAGAGCAAAUUUGAUGCACUGCGAAUGGAAGCGGACAAAAAGGUAGCCAAGUGCGAUAUGGAUAAAGCAGUGAGCGAAAGAGAUUUUAUGAUCAACGAGCUGCAAAAGGAGGGGGAAAGCCUCUCCAAGCAGGUGUUGCAACAUUCUAAUAUUAUUAAAAAGUUGCGUGCGAAGGAAAAAGAAUCUAGCGUACUGAUUAGCAAGCAAUGUGAUGAAAUAAGCGAACUGACGCAAGAGACCGAACGACUCAAACGAUCGUUAUCGGCAAAGGAAGAGGUAGAGCGUUCGCAAAUUGAUGCUGUGCACAAGCUGACAUCUGAAAAGGGCAAGCUGGAACGCGAACGCGCGAUGCUAGAUGAUAAAUUAAACGAUCAAAUACAAAAGAGUGAAGCGAUGCGCAAGUCAUUGGAGUUUGUGCGCAACGAACUGAACGAAAAAUCAGAGCUGUGCCACGAUUUACAGAAACGGUUGGACAAGCUACAAAACUGCAAAACCGACUCCCAAACGUUUCAGAAAACCAAUGAAGUGCUCAUGCUACAGCUGGAAGAUCUGCGCGAGCAACUGCGGAGAACCGAACAGGACUACGGACAACGACUGAAUCGGGCGAAAAAUGAACAUGCGGAAGUGUUACGCAAACUAGAAGCUGCCGAAUUGCGCACGGAGGAAGAAAAAAAUGCUUCUGCCCUGCUCACAAUGCCGCUGAUGAAACAGCUUGAUUCCUUGCAAAACUUACUGCGACAUAAGGAACGUUUGGGCGAACAACGGGAUGCUUCAUUUGCCCAGCAGCUGUCCGAAGCUUUAGAGCGUAUCAAAUUAAUUUCCGACAAAGAGAAAACACAGCGAGAUAUUAUUAUCACCAUGCAAAAUCGCAUCAGUAAUUUGGAGGAACGUUUACAAGCUGCGCUGCUUCAAACUAAAGAAGCUGUAACCAGAUUAAAACAGCAGACUCUUGAGGCUGAACGACGUCUUGAAGAUUGCAACAAGCAUGAGGGUAAAGGAGAGAGCUUGGAAAAGGAAGCAGCACCUGCUAUCGAACAUGCUCACGAAAAUGAAACACAGUUAGAUGGUGCUGAUAAAAUACCCCCUACGAAGCAAACAGCCACAAUAGAAGCCAACGAGAGUGAUCCGAAUAUUGAUAGCUCUAUGCCACAGUUUGGAAUGGAUAUGCAGCCUGUAGAAGCCUCUUCUAUUACUAGUAUUGGAAAUCUAUCUCUUCCAGAUUCAUUAAAUAGCAUUCCAUGGACUACUCCCGAGGAUGAUGCAGUUUCCCUAGGAAAGGUUGAGCCUUUCAACGAUGGAAUAGUUGAUGUGGGAUAUAAUUUACCUAAUUUGUUCAACACGACAUCACAUCUUGAGACCUUGCAAGCUACACUUAAGCAACGUGAUGGCGAGAUCUGUCAGCUUCAAUGGGAAGUCUCUCGGUUUCAGCAGGAACGUAAUGUGCUUAGUGCGGAAAUAUCAAAUCUUACCAUCGAGCUAGAUAAUGUUCGAGAACGUUUUGAAUGCAGUAUUCGAUUAGAGGAGGAACACACAGAAUUGCAAAACCGCUAUGAUGCUCUUUUGCAAAUGUAUGGUGAGGCGGUGGAAAAAACCGAAGAAUUGCAGCUGGAUUUAGCGGACGUGAAGGACAUGUACAAAAUUCAAAUUGAUGACCUGCUUCAACGUCAGCGUGAGCUUAUCGCAUCUAUGAGCCAUCAGUCAUCACUACUUUCAUCCUCUAGAAAUAAUUGUUGAACUAUUUUUGAAUUGUUAAUAAUAUAUGAGCUAUUUUAAUCGCGGUCGAUUGAUAACAACAA